AUGGUCGCCAAGCGUUGUUUUCUGGUUGCCGCCCUGGCAGUGGCUGCAUUCGGUGCGGUGGCGUACGCCGACACCACCAAGGAAGAGUCGGCCGUGAUCAAUCUGAUCAACGAGAUCGACAACGAGCCACGGUUCCCGCUGUUCGGUGGGCUCGCGGUGGAGCGUUCGAACGACUACGAGGUCCGUGCCUACGGUGCCCGCACGAGUGAGGAUCUUGCCGACCGGGCGGUCCGCUACCUUGCCUCGCACACGCUUAAGUUCAGCGUGCCCUCGGAGGAGAACACCGUCGAAGAAGCUCGCAGCAGCCGCCUGAAGAAGAUGCUUUUGCCGCUGCUGCUGGCAAUGAAGCUGAAGAUGGCUGUUGUGCUGCCAAUCCUGUUGGCCAUCGUGAAAUUCAUCUCGCUCAAGGGACUGAUCGCCGGUUUGCUAGCCCUGAAGUUCUCCAUCUUCACCGUCCUGAAGGAUCUGUUCCAGAAGAAGCAGGAACGUGUGACCACCGCUUACAUCACCAGCGCUCAGCCCGUGAAUGCCGAGAUCGUCCACCAGGACUGGAACCGCAACGGACAGGCCGCUGCCCACGACCUAGCCUACGGUGCGUACCCGUACGCGACCCUCCAAUAG